CACUGGGUGAAAUCGAAACUCAUCGCGACGCGUUUGUUGGUAUCGGUAAAAUCCGAUACAUGCGCCGUUUUAUUAAUGUUCAACUUCCCCCUAUAUGCUGUUCCCCAGGUGCCAUGAAUGCACCAUCAUUAUUUGGCGGUUAGUAUUGAAUACGGACGGAAGCAGUGAGGCACAUACAAGUACUAGUAAAACAGCAUGGACAAAGCUAGUUCCUAGCUAGCAGCAGCGAGGAAGUUUCUAUAUUUAACCCCCCCCCCCAACGUUAGAAUUGUAUGUUUGGAAACACUACGGAGGAAAGCUCGACAAAACGCCCCCCCCCCGACCAGGAACUAGGUCGGACACCGGGGAAGAACCAAGCAAAUCAGGGUCUCAUGGCCCUGCAGUGUCAAGGUGAAAGAUGUCUCCGGCCACCUAUCUCCAAGGAUCCCUUCACCUUCCAAAGGUGGCGACAAACCAACCCUCACAUCUCCUCUACUCUUGGCGUCAUCGCUCAUUGGAUCCCCACAGGGUCCAUCUCUUGUCACCCAGGAAGCCCUCUGAAGAGAUGAGAUGUCAAAAUGUACGGGGAAAAAACCUGACUCAACGCUGACGAUCAUCUGUGGGAGUCUUGAUGGGAGUUCACAAAGCCAGACAACCGAUCACACAAAUGAUUCCUACUUGGAUCACCAAGAACCACAAGGCAGGUUGUGUGGAAUAUACUAUAUAUAAGCAGCAGUAAAAUGGUAAAUGAUUUGUCAACACUGUGUACUUCACAGGGAGUGUGUCCUGUCCGUUACUCCUUGUCAAAUUAAAGCAUUUUGGAUAAAUUUUAUAAUAAAUGAAUCGGUUAGAAUUUCCAGAAAACACAAGAUUCAUAUGGAGGUGCUGCGUGAACUGCAGUUUCUAUUUUCAUUUUCACUCUCAUACAAGUGACAUCAGUAACAAUGUGGGCUUAAUGGAAAUCCCCACGGUUGGGAAAUUACAGUUUCACAAGCCGUUGAUAAAUUUCACGUGGAAAAAAAUAAUCUUUAAAAUUUUAAAAUGCAACUGAGAAAAUGAAAUAUUGUGAAGCUUUUCUUUCAUGGUCCUUAAAUGACAGAGACACCCCAAAAUUACGCACAUACGGUAGUCAGCAGCCCGACUGAAUGUUCUGAAUCCGACGACAUGGAAGGCAUCUUAACCCAACCUGGAGCGUGACGUCACGAGCAAUAACAAACCAGCCUGCCUCAACCGUCAGCUGUGUUCCGCAUCCCUGUUGUCAUGUCGGCCUAAACUAAAUUGUCAGGUUGUUGAGCAGCGGUCGAGUUUAUUUUAUGGCAUAAAAAAAGACAAAGAAUUACACUGUGACUGUUCCGUGUUUCAAGGAUAACUAUUGCUUACUCCCUACUACCCUCUCCCCCGUAGUUGUUAGCUUGGCUUGCUAGCAUUAAGCGACAUGACGAUGCCACGCGUGUGAAACUGGCUGCUUCUGCUCCGCCUCCUCCUCCUUGUGCUGUUUGAAAAGAACACUUCUGCUUUUUUUUUUUUACUGGCGAGUCAAACGGAACAGAUUGGGCAAAAGUCAGACGGACGGCAAUGGAGCCACAUGCGGCUACAGGCUGCGUGAACGUUGGCUGUCUGACGAGCACCUUGUCGGUGAUACCUUACCAGAAGCUGACUGACUUGUACUAUCUGAGUAGGGGGGGAUUCGGUACCGUUUUCAAAGCUCAACACUCCGAUUGGAGGACCACCGUGGCCAUCAAGUGUCUGAAGUUGGACUCUCCCUUUGGUGAAAGAGAGAGGAAGUGUCUGCUGAAGGAGGCAGAGGUUCUCCACAAAGCCCGGUUCAACUACAUCAUCCAAAUCUUUGGCAUCUGCAACGAGCCGGAGUUCUUUUGUAUCGUGACAGAAUUCAUGAGCAACGGCUCCCUGGACCAACUGCUGCACGAGAAGGAAGUGUACCCUGUGCUCGGCUGGCCUUUGAGGCUGAGGAUCCUGUAUGAGAUCGCCUUGGGAGUCAACUUCCUUCACAACAUGAACCCGCCCCUUUUACACCAUGACCUGAAGACACAAAAUAUUCUUUUGGACAGUGAAUUUCAUGUUAAGAUUGCCGAUUUUGGCCUUUCCAAGUGGCGCCAGCUGUCUGUCAGUAAAGGGUCUGGCUCUAAACCAUCAGAAAUUGGUGGCACGGUGAUCUACAUGCCGCCUGAGGAGUACGAGCAUUCCAAAAGCCACCGGGCUGACGUGAAGCAUGAUAUGUAUAGUUAUGCCAUCAUUAUGUGGGAGGUCCUUUCCAGACAAAUUCCAUAUGAAGAAGUGACCAACCCCAUGAAGAUCAUGUUCAACGUUCUCCGUGGGAUGCGUCCUGACACAAGCCUGGCUAGUCUGUCCGAUCAAAUCCCCGGCAGAGAUACCCUUGUUGGCUUAAUGACCUGCGGCUGGGCCACUAACCCCGAUGAACGACCUUCUUUUCUUAAGUGUCUGAUGGAGCUGGAGCCCAUGGUGAGGAAGUUCAACGAAAUCGAUUUUCUGGAGGCAGUGCUCGAGAUCAAAAGGUCAAAGCUGGCUCAAAGAUCCAACUGUUGCUCAGCACAGUUGCUGAGCGAAAAGACGUCUGAGGACGUAACUUUGGCAGCGCUUAAGGACGUGGCCCACCCAUGGCCGGAGAGCUCCACCUCAGGCUCUUGUUCCUCCCAGGAAACGGACGUAUCGCUGCCAGGCACCCUCACCAGCAGCAACACGGAACCACCUGAAGAGGGUCCCCUGGCAUCUGCCAUUUUUCAUACACUGGAGCCCCCCGAGUCGCUGAAGGACCCCUGUGUUGUCAACAAUCUAAAUGGCUUCCAGACCGCCAGGCCCAUGAGUUAUUUGAACACAUCUCUGAAACCCGACCUGCCUCCAUCAGAGGGUGAGACGCAGCUGCAAGCCCUCACACUUAGUGCAAACUGUGCAAAGAAUCAUCAACAAGAUGAUUCUCCUCCAUUGCGGUGCUCGUCGCCCUCGCAGGGCACCGUCGGUCAGUGGAUCGCAACACGGCGCGAAGAGAUCGUCGCCCAGAUGACGGAGGCCUGCCUCAAUCAGAGCUUGGACGCCCUGCUGGCUCGCUCCAUGCUGAUGCCUGAGGAUUACGAACUGGUGGUCAACCAGCCGACCCGUGCCGCUAAGGUCCGCCAGCUCCUGGACAACUGUCACCGGCACAACGACGACUUCUGCCGAAUCGUGGUCCACAAGCUGCACCACAACAAGCAGAUGGGCCUGCAGCCGUACCCCAACGAAAUCAGCUCCACCGCCGCAGUCACGGUACCCAGUGCGCCACCACUCACCAUGUCCUACAACAUUCCCAGGAACGUGUAGCUCCGCCAUGGAAGCAUUCCAGAUCAUAGACCGUGCCAUACUCUCCCUUUUGCUAGAGAGAUUCUACUUCCUGGUCAGUGUUUAAGCCAGCCUUUGGCUUUGGUAUUAUCUCAAGACAUUUGACUGAAUCUGUCAAUUAAUAUUUUGCAUAUAUUAUUUAUAGUCUCAGUCAAAGUGACUGCAGUAGUUGUACUUUUGGUAUAUAUUUUGUGUGUAGAAUCCAUACAUUCUCAGCACCAUUAAUAAUUACUAUGAUGUUAUUGAAGCACUUUUAAGAUGCUGGAAAACAAUUUGAAUCACUUCAACCAUAUUCCAGUCAUUAUUUAUUAUGUAAGUUGUUUGUAUGAGACACAGGAAGUGUGUCUUACUGUUGAAGCACAAUAAAUAAAUACAUGAGGAAACGCAUAAAUUCAGAGUCAGGAUUUACAGACUUGCAUCGUGGUUCUUAAAUGUUUUACAAUCACGUACCCCUUCUGGCAUUUCACCCAAAGCUAUGUACCCCCUACUCCUGCACACUUCAAAACGAACCGAAUUCACUGAAAUUCAUUAAUUAACUUGGAAUAUUGAACAUAAUUCAUGGCUUAAUUCAUUUUCAUAGUUAUUACAGGCAUGUGUGGGUGCGUUUUCUGUGAUUCAAGUGUCCUUGAAUGCAUCGGCAACUCCUGCCGUGGAGUUAUGUGAUGCACCUGAAUGCACCAUGCUUAAAAAAAGAUAGCCCAGAAGUAAUAGCAGUGUGCUAGUUUCGAUCCUGCUUGUUGAGUAUGUAGUGUCCGCUAUCUGAACGGAAUCUUCCCAUGGUGUCCCAACUCUAAAAGAACCACCGCCCAUUUUGCUCAUUUUGGGGUGAAUCUCCACUCACAGUGACAGGCAGGGAUCAAUUGGAACACCAAUAAAAUGUUACAGGCAUAUGUGGGUGCGUUUGCUGUGAUUCAAGUGUCUUUGAAUGCAGCGGCAACUCCUGCCGUGGAGUUAUGUGAUGCACCUGAAUGCACCAUGCUUAAAAAAAGAAGUAAUAGCAGUUUCGAUCCUGCUUGUUGAGUAUGUAGUGUCCACUAUCUGAAUGGAAUCUUCCCAUGGUGUCCCAACUCUAAAAGAACCACCGCCCAUUUUGCUCAUUUUGGGGUGAAUCUUCACUCACAGUGACAGGCAGGGAUCAAUUGGAACACCAAUAAAAUGAAAUCUUUAAGAUGAAAAACUCUUAAUGCAAAAAAUAAUUCAACAACUUCCUCAUUUGUUGACAAGAAGCACAUGAAGUUCCCAUCUCCUUGUGCCGGGAGAGGCAUUCAGACACACUCGUAAUUAUGAGUGUUAAUAGUUUUUUUUUAUUUUUAUUUCCGUACAAUGCCAAUUGAUGUACUCCACUUUGGGAACCGAACGCAGUAUAUCGUAGUAUUGUAGCUGUGAUAUCGACUGCUCUUAGUUCAACAUUGUCAGUCAUGGAGUCAAAACAAGUGGAUUUACCGUACAUACAAACUUUAUGUCGACAUUCCACCACUUUGUCAAGGAUUGUGUCACCUUGUCGAGAUGCUUCCUGCACCCAAUACACUUGGUAUUUUCUUAACGCUACUUGCAUUGUCUCGGUGUUGUGUUGCCUGCCUGCUUAAUUUUGUUCUUGGCUUCUUUUGUUACAUAGUUUGAAAGUGCGUUUUUGAUAUAGUACAUAGUGCCAUUUUCUACUGAUAAUGCCAGUUUAGGCUUUUUGUACAUGAUUUUCAGUAGCCGAGACUGGCGUGAAUCGUUCAUCUUCAUGCUGUACUGGAAUCGAACAGGAUUUUUCUCAACUACUUUAUCAGUUAUUAAAUACUUUGCACUUCUGACUAACUCCAUCCUUGUUGCCACUGACCUCGUUGCUAUAUUUAGGUGCAUGUUUAAGGAGCCCCAUCAACACCAGAAGACUAUAUAUAUAUAUAGCAAGAUUCCCAACAAGUACUGUAUGUAUAAUUCUUUCAUUGCAGUCCACCUCCUCCUAUGUUGCUGAUGUGAACAUGCCUGUUGACUCUGCUGUCUUGUGACCCAGAUGCAGCCCUC